GCUGACCCGGAAAAAUGACAGACGAGGAGAUCCUGAGGAUGCUCGAGGAUACCACCAAAGAAGCCUCGCGUCACCAGCUCGAGACCCUCCGGUCGAUCCUCGAACGCCAGGCCGGAGUACUUUAUCUCCGAUCCCACCUCCAAGGCCACGAUGAGCAGCCGGUUGACGCCGCCUCCUUCCGUCGCGCCGUGCCGUUGUCUUCCUACGAUGACUACGUUGACCACAUCAAUCGGAUGGCCGACGGACUCGUUGACCAUGAUCUUCCUCUCUUGUCCGUUGAUACUCUACUCUGUUUCUUCUACAGCUCAGGGACAAGUGCCAUGAAGCCCAAAUUGAUCCCUUACUUUGAUUCUAAGCUCUCAAAAGCAGCUUCCUUCAUGGCUCACCAGGGCAGCGCCUCAAUUCUUCGAAGGUUGUUUCCUCCUAGGACCUCAGUGAGCAAGAUCCUAUGGUUUCUUUAUGCCGAUAACAUUGCAACCACCAAAGGUGGUUUUAAGGUUAUGGCCGCUUCUACAUAUCCUAUUCAUAGUGGUGCCACAAAUUGGUCUCAGUUUCUAUCUUGUUCUAGUCCCCGCGAAGUCAUUCUUGGGUCGAAUGUGGUGCACCAGAUGUACUGCCACCUUCUUUGUGGUCUUAGGAACUCUGAUUUUAUUGAUGGAAUUAGAGUCCCGUAUGCCAUUGGCUUGAUCAAAGUGUUUGGUCUUUUAGAGUCCAAGUGGAAGCAGCUAUGUGAUGAUCUUGAAUGUGGGGUUCCGAGUUUGGAGAUUUCUGAUGUUGCAAUGAGAGAUUCAGUAAUUGACGUUCUUGGGGGGCCUCAACCAGAACUGUCAAGAAGAAUUCGGGCGAUUUGUGAGGACAAGAAUUGGGGUGGGAUAGUGAGUAAACUGUGGCCUAAUGUAAGGUUCAUUAGGUGCAUUACCACAGGGAGCUUGGCUCAGUAUUAUCCUAAGCUUAAGCAGUAUGCAGGAGAAGUACCUGUGUUAGGUGGAGACUACUUUGCUUCAGAAUGCUGUGUGGGUAUUAACAUGGAUAUUACGCAGCCUCCAGAGAGGACUCGAUUCAUUUUGCUUCCAACUGCGGCGUACUUUGAGUUUCUUCCAUUUGCUUUGGAUGUGACCAAUGUUGUUAGUGAAGAAACAGUAGACAUUUCUGGUGUAGAGGCAGGGAAGAUGUAUGAAGUGAUUGUCACCACUUAUAGAGGAUUCUAUCGAUAUCGUCUAGGUGAUAUUGUGAGAGUUGUUGGUUUCUAUAAUUCAUCUCCACUAGUGGAGUUUGUGAUGAGGGCUCCUAAAGCUCCUUCCGAGGUAGUAACUGAGAAAGAUUUGUUACUUGCAAUUGAAUAUUUUCAAAGUAUGUUAAGAAAUGCAAUGGCGGUGGAGAUCACUGAGUUCUCAAGUUUCUUGGACUUAACUUUGAGCCCAAAGCUCCUGAAGGUUUACAUAGAAGUUAAAGAGGAAUGCAUGUUUCUGCCAGAGGAAAAGAUUGAGGAGUUAGUUGUUAUUCUUAAAGGGUGUGGUUCCUCUAUUGGGGAUAGCUUGGGAGACAAGUACAAUGUGCAGAGGAAAAGAGGUGAGAUAGACCCUUUGGUAGUAUCCAUAGUAAAGCCCGGUAGCUUUGAUGCAUUAUCCCAGUUAGCUAUUGAAAAUGGAGCACCAGCUACUCAAUAUAAACCGCCCAAGAUUAUAAGAAAUCGCCAAAUUGUUGACUUCAUUGAAAAACGUAUUCUUGUUACUGUGCCCUUGGAUGGUUAAGGCCCAAAAAAUGGAUCGGAAUAUUGCAAUUCUUGACCCUGCAUUGUUCAACUUUCAUCUAGCUAUGUAAAGAUGCUGUAUGGGCUUCCCCCAGUCAUUUUACAAUACAAUAAGAAGCAGAAGAACUUGCCUGUUGGGCAAACAAGUCGUAGUGUUCCAUUUCAUUGUUCCACUUUAUAAACAUUUUAUGCAAGACAUACGCUGAUCUUUAGCCUUGGGCUAACGUAACGGUACAUAUAUAUAUAUAUAUAUAUAUAUAUUUAAAAGAAUGGUUCUCCUUCA